AGCGCGGGGGAGGGGGCCCCGCGGGUCCGGGUCCCCGCAGCCCGCGCGUCCCCGCCAUUGGCAGAGCCGGAGGGGGGGUUACCCCCCCCCGGGGGGGCGAAUGGUACGGUCCUCCGCCCGCGCCCCGGCCGGGCCUGCAGAGAGCGAGCGCCGAGCCCCGCGCAGCCGCUGCCGCCGCCGCGGAGCCGGAAGCCGAGCUGGGAGGCGGCGAUGGAGGGAGUCAGCAGCCACCGGACCCUGUCCUACAGCCGCUGGAGCUACGACAGUGUCUUAGAUGAUGAGGGCAGCAACCUGAGGCAGCAGAAGCUGGACCGGCAGCGGGCCCUGCUGGAGCAGAAGCAGAAGAAGAAGCGCCAGGAGCCCCUGAUGGUGCAGGCCAACACGGACGGGCGGCCCCGGAGCCGGCGGGCCCGGCAGUCAGAGGAGCAGGCACCCCUGGUGGAGUCCUACCUCAGCAGCAGCGGCAGCACCAGCUACCAAGUUCAAGAGGCCGACUCACUUACCAGUGCGCAGCUGGGAGCCGCCCGCCCAACAGCACCAGCCUCAGCCAAGAGAACCAAGGCAGCAGCUGCAGCAGGGGGCCAGGGCGGGGCCUCUAGGAAGGAGAAGCAGGGGAAGCACAAAGGCACCAGCGGGCCAGCUGCACUGGCCGAAGACAAGUCUGAGGCCCAAGACCCGGUGCGGAUCCUGACUGUGGGCCAGUCAGACCACGCUCAGGACGCGGGGGAGACGGCAGCCGGCGGGGGCACACAGCCCAGCGGGCAGGACCUCCGUGCCACGAUGCAGAGGAAGGGUGUCCCCAGCAGCAUGAGCUUGGAAGAGGAAGAGGAAGAGGAGGAUGAAAACAGCUCGAGCUCCUCCCAGCUGAACAGCACCACCCGCCCCAGCUCCGCUACUAGCGGGAAGUCCGUCAGGGAGGCAGCCUCAGCCCCCAGCCCAACAGCCCCAGAACCCUCGGCGGAUGUGGACGUCCAGGAUCUUGAGGAGUUUGCACUGAGGCCAGCCCCUCAAGGUAUCACCAUCAAGUGCCGCAUCACGCGGGACAAGAAGGGGAUGGACCGGGGCAUGUACCCCACCUACUUCUUGCACCUGGACCGUGAGGAUGGGAAGAAGGUGUUCCUCUUGGCGGGAAGGAAGAGAAAGAAGAGUAAAACUUCCAAUUACCUCAUCUCUGUGGACCCAACAGACUUGUCUCGAGGAGGGGACAGCUACAUCGGGAAGCUGCGGUCCAACCUCAUGGGCACUAAGUUCACCGUUUAUGACAAUGGAGUCAACCCUCAGAAGGCAUCAUCCUCUACUUUGGAAAGUGGAGCCUUGCGUCAGGAGUUGGCAGCUGUGUGCUACGAGACAAACGUCUUAGGUUUCAAGGGGCCGCGGAAGAUGAGUGUGAUUGUCCCAGGCAUGAACAUGGUUCACGAGAGAGUCUCCAUCCGGCCGCGAAACGAGCAUGAGACGCUGCUAGCACGCUGGCAGAAUAAGAACACGGAGAGUAUCAUCGAGCUGCAAAACAAGACCCCGGUCUGGAAUGACGACACGCAGUCCUACGUACUCAACUUCCACGGGCGCGUCACACAGGCCUCCGUGAAGAACUUCCAGAUCAUCCAUGGCAAUGACCCGGACUACAUUGUGAUGCAGUUUGGCCGCGUGGCAGAGGACGUGUUCACCAUGGAUUACAACUACCCACUGUGCGCGCUGCAGGCCUUCGCCAUCGCCCUGUCCAGCUUCGACAGCAAGCUGGCCUGCGAGUAGAGGGCCCCCUUGUGCCCUUUGGGGUUGCCCAGCCUGGAGUGGAGCUGCCUGCCUGCAGAGACAGCCCUGCUUACCCUCUCUCUGUACAUAGGCCUCCUGCCAGGUGAACCUUCAGCUCUCAGUGGCUCCUUGGCCCAGCUGGCUCAGACCGGACUCCUGCCUCCACUGCUGAGACAGAGGACCAGGUGGGGGAGGUGUGUGUGUGAAGGGACCUGGUGAAUUCUUCCUGGGCCCCAAGAUCCAUACACACACCCCCGCUCUUGAGUUAGUAUCCUGCUGCAGUCGUGUUUGCCAGGCUGGGCAGCCUCUUCAGCUGGGAAGGUAGGAAGAAACGGGGGGAGGAAGCACAAUGCAGGGCUGCUGCGGCCAAGCCAUCCACUCAGUCUAGGAAUCAGGUGACAGCGGGUCCCUGACAGUGAAGGGCACAGUGUGGGUGUGUGUUGGGUACAUCAAUUUUAUAUAGAAGGGCUAGGAUCGG